AUGGGGUGUCGUAUAAGCAAGCCGAAAGGGAUUGGCCCCAGGAGCGUGCCCUUCACCUCCACAGCUGGAGUCGAUGGUGAUUCGCGAUACUACGACGCGGAGCCCAUCUUCGAGGCGCUGGCGAAAGAAGUGGGUGGGUAUCAUCCUGUGCGGCUUGUCCGCAUGUCGUGGUUGCUCCAACAAGCAGGCGGCAGAUUGAGAAAAAGGCAGGAGUGUCCAGAAGAGGCCUUCUUGAGCGCCCAGGAGCUCCGCACAAUCUGGCAGGCAGGUGGUUGCGGUGGCCGGGAUCGUGCACUACCUAUUAUCACAAUUUCGUUCUGUUGGGACACGGCAGCAGAUCCUGAUCCGAACGGCAUCCAGCUCAACCAAGUGUGUGAGGCAUUGCGGAGCCAGCAGCUGGUUUACCGGCAACCAGGCCGGUCAUUCGGAGGCUUCGAGGAGUUGGGGGUGUUUUGGGACUUCCCUUCCUUGCUUCAAGGCGACCCUGACAAGAAGCAAGCGAAGAAGAAGGAGCUGCUGGCCCAGGGAAUUUCGGAAGAGGAGGCCGAAAAGGAGAGUUGGAAAGCGUUCCGCACCGAGGACGAGCAGGCAGCGUUCGUGUACGCGCUAACCCAGACCAUGGACCUCUGGUACUCCCACUCUGCCACGACGGUCUUGCUGCUUACGCAGCACCCGCGCGAGCGAGGCAGCACCCGGCCGUUCGGUUACGACGCCUCCGGCUGGCCCACAUUCGAGCGGUGCUCGUCGGAGCUGAUCAAGAAGGGAAGGCGAUGGGAUGUGCAGUGGCCCGCUGUCACUGAUCUCGGCCAGGGUUCGGCGGUAGCUGCCGCGCGCAGAUGGCCCGUUGGGCCAGACGACUUCGACAAGCUCGUGGAGUCGAAGACAUUCACGAAUGGCUCAGACUUCCGUGUGGUGAAGCAGGUUUACCGCAAGCAGAGCGAGGCUAUGCUCGGCUGUACCCGCGAGAUGGACUUCGGUAAUAGCGGCAUGUCGCCGAUGAUGGCUCUUACGCGUCAGGACGCUCUCUACCUGGGAGGGUGCUUGCAGUACUGCUCAAAGAUGGUGUCGCUACGGCUCAACCGAGUGGGGAUCACAGGCGAGGCGAUGCAGGCGCUGUGCCGCAAUCGGGACGGGCAGUUCCUUCCGUCGUUGAUCGAGCUCGUCCUUCACGACAAUGUCUUGGGGGAUGAAGGCGUGGAAGCGCUUGCGGAUGCGACCCUCGCGGGUGCCUUCGCAGCCAUCGCAAUUCUCGACUUGCGCUCGACUGGCGUCUGCGAUGCUGGGGUGACAGCCCUGGCAGCGGCUGCGUCGCACGGCGCUCUCGCAGAGCUGCGGGAGCUGCAGCUGUUCGACAACCUUGUGGGCAAUGUGGGCGCGCAGGCGCUGGCGUGCGCAUCGUCAGAGGGCUUCCUCGGUGGCGUGGAGAAGCUGGUGCUCACCUGCAAUCGCGUCGGGGACUCGGGCGCCGAGGCGCUGGCCGGCGCUGUCCGGGCCGGACACCUCGGGAGGAAUGGCCCUUUCGAGUUGAACUUGUGCGGCAACAUGAUCGGGGAGUCUGGCAUGAGUGCCCUCGAGGAUGCAGGUCUGAGCCUCGACUCUCGCCUGGGGCAGCGCAGUCCGCCGACGUUAGCGCCGCCACCGGCACCAGCGCUGCCACAAACCAAUGCACCAGUCGUGGACAUGCCGAUCCUGGAGACUCUGGAGGACACCGCGUGCCAAGGCGCGGAGGACAGGGUGUUGCAUCUCCCAGGCCGUUCAGAGGUCACUCUGCGCGUGGCCAGCGGCACAACCGUGUCCGACGCGAAGCAGACAGCGCUGCGGUAUUUGGAAGGAGCGAACGGUCACUACCCAGACGUGAGCCCCACGGCCCUGGGGCAGCUCUUGAUGUCGAGCGGGCCCACACGGCUGGCGGACUCGGAUCUGGUUGUCAGUGUGCCUCAUGGGUCCAAGCUUAUGAUGACCAAUUACUCGGAGCUGACGAGGGACAGCGGAUCUAUGGGCCCAAUCGCAGUGGAGCGCAGGGGAGUCACUGCGCGUCAGUUGAGGGACUUGUCGGACUUCUUGCGGGCGCACCUCAAGGAGGGGCAGGAGGCGUGGUUCACGGAUGAUGGAUCACCCAUCGCAUAUGGGAACAUGGAUUUCUACCAGCUGCUUGACUGGGUCGUGAAGCCAUCCACAGCGCUGAGAUCUUGCAGUUUUGCUGAACACACUAUGCGUUCAGCCGAUAUGCAGAGACCGUCAUGGUAUGUGUCGCACGCCUUCGCCCAGGGCGUGCCUGCGUUCGUGGAUUGCGUGUGCCGCCACGCUGAGGUUCGCGGUUCUAUGGAUAACUGCUUGUUUUGGGUGUGGAUUUUCGCGCAUAAUUUUCAUGCCCCUACCAUCGAAGCCACCGCAGAAUCGGAGCACCGCGUCUUGCAGAGUGCAAUGUCGAAGAGCGUCGGGAUACUCCUGGUUCUCGACGAACACUCGAAGCCUUUCCAGCGUACUUGGUGCUGCUGGGAACUCUGGAUGGCCACGUCAAUGACCUGGGGUAUGGAGGAGAGACCUCCGCUAUUGUUGGACGUGGCUGCAAGUGACAAGGCUUGGGUGGAGGUGAUCACGGAUGGCCUCACCGACAGCGAGAAACUCCUCUUUCCCACCGUGGCGGGCUGGAGCAAGGGUCGGCGUGAGCGCGGAUUUUCAAUCAAACUAAUCAUGGAGCAGUGUUUGUUGCAAGGCAGUCUCGACUUGGCGUCGACUCGCACGAGCCGGCCCGAGGACAAGGUGUGCAUUCUCAGUGCCAUCGCGGCGAUGCUGCCAGACCCAGAGGCGACCAAUGAUGGCGCCCAGGUUCAGUUUGCUGCCUUCAACGCGCGAGUGAAAGCAGUCUUCGCUCUGGCAUGCUGGCGCACCGUGCUGGAGCAGAACGCAUGGGACCAUCUGAUGUCUGACGCCCUGCAUAAGGACAUUGGCCGCAGGGGCGUGAACGUCUCUUUUGCAGGCUGCUACUGCCUCUCCGACCAGAGUGUGCACGACUUCAUCUAUUCGCUCCCGGCCCAGCUUGAGAGCCUUGCGGUGGAUGCCAGCUGGACUCCGUUGAGCACGCUCGAGGGCUUCCGGUUCAUGGUACAGGUGGCCCCGCGCUUGAUUUCCGUGGAGCUCAGUUUCGCGGGCUGCGGCAGCAUCUCCGACGUUGAGGAGCUCUGCCUCGGCCUCGCUGGUCUAGUCGAUCUGCGGGAGCUUGUGCUGUCGCUAGCUGGCUGCCAGGGCCUGCAGUCAGUCCGCGGCCUAGGACAGACGGUAGCUGGCCUCGCAAGCUUGAAGAGCUUGACCCUCAAUCUCGCCAGCUGCGCGAAGCUUCAGGACGUCGACGAGUUGGCAACAGGCUUGGCAGAGUCGCGCAGCCUGCGCGAUACGUGGAUCGAUCUGUACAACUGCACCUCGCUCCCGUACGGCCUCCAGCGCGUCUUCAACACCGCACCAGCGCUGCUUCAGGCAUCCCGGAAUCCCGUUGGAGUCGCAGGACGUAUUUGGGGAGGGAGCGUUCCCCGGGCGCGCGAUGCAGCCAUGUCUGCCAAGUGUCCAGCGGUAUCAGCUCAGCUGUUUUGGUCUCACGGUGCUGACGAAAUAGAACUGUCUGUGGGUGGCGACAGCGACGCCCACACCUCACCAUACCCUUGUGGUUGCACCAGCUGCGCAGUCUACCAUGCGAGCGAAAGCGGGUAUUGCUGGAAACACCGCUGGAUGUCGAUAUUCUGCCCUGCAUGGCAGCGAGUUCAGACGGGCGGCAGCGUGAUGGCGCUGCUUCUGCUGGUUGGGGUCACUGGCGCUCUCGAGAGCGAGCGCCUUACGGUAGGAGUCGUCAUCGGUGUCGCUUUCGCUGGGUGCGCAGCUGCCCACCUGGUGCAGUCAAGUCAGUGGGCCGAACUGGGCAUCGUUAUGUUCAUCAUGCUUCUGGCUGCCAUUGCCGUUAUCAAGACAACGUUGGCAAUGCGGCGUGUCCAGCAGUUGCUCUACCAGCACCGCGAGCAGGUUGCCAAUACCAUCAAUCAGGCCAUGCAUUGGUCUGCCGCACAUGCCAAUUUGGACUUGGAGCAGCUUGGCCCAGCGCCUUUCGAAGUCGAUGGCGCACCAAUGCAGCAGUGUAGCGACCUACGGACGCUGUACGUGCAGGCGCGGCAGUGCAUCCCAGAGUUGCGCCGCGUUGCGACACAUGUUAACAGCACUGUGGGUGGCCUCCAUGCAGCGGGAGGCCCUGGUUUUUCGAUCCGCAUGCUUCCGCUGCCAGAAGCUCGUGGCAGGAUUAGAGCUGUCCGCCAUCGUGGCGUGCCUGACCUGAUUGAUCUUUUAUCCUGCACUUUCGAUUGCCGCAACAUGCAGGAGGCGUCGGCUUGUGCCAGGGCUCUGCUUGCCUGCCAGCAGCCGAUGAACGUGGAGGUCAAAAGGCUCGACAACGGCUACCGCGGGGCUGAGCUGUCCGGAGGUGAUAGAGCAAUUCUGCUCACGUGUUCCCUUGGGAGCGGAUUCCUCUGCAUGUUCACAGUCCGCUCCGCUGACUCGGCGCUUCCUGAAGCGGUUCAGGCCAAAGUUUGGACUCUCGCGCGCAGAGCGGGGCUGGUGGGGAUCGCCCCGCUGCGACUGGGAUCGUACCAGCGGAUCAGUCGCAAAGUCCGUGCGGGCAUCGGCCUGUUGCGUACAGUGUCGGCAGCGGCGUCCCUGUUCUUGGCCACCUUCUAUCCAAGUGUACUUUGGCGACUCGGUCAUCAAGGCGGUCACCCUCCCCCUGCCCCACCUGAGCACGGCCUGCGUGGUCCUCCUGGACGUCUGGAACAGGUCGAUCUUUGA